AUGCCCGCACGCUUCAGCGCUCCCAGCUGCACAACGCUCCCAUAUCGCCUGGCCGCUCGCACCCUUCAGUCAACUCGACCGCAAUUGCUCUCUGCUGCCACUCUCUGCCGCCAUCAGCCUCGCCGCUCGCCGCCGUGCAGCCUGUCCGCUAUGCCGCCCAAGCAGGCCACUCUGGGGUACGUCAAGUCUUCCCAGACCACACUCGGGAAGUUCUUCGGCAAGAACGGCGCCCCCGCGCAACAGCAGUCGAAGCUGUCCUUCUCCACCAAGACGAAGACCGAGAAGAAAGAUGCAGAGCCGAGAGGAGAACCCGGCUCCUCGCCCGCGGAUCUGAAGAUGGAGUCUGGCCAAGCGGCAGAGGCAAGCGUGGAGGUCGACGGUGCGCCUGUGGAGGCUGGAAAGAAGAGGCAGGUCAAGGAGGAAGAGGAAGACUCGGAGGACGAGCCCCCCACAAAGCGACAGCGACGGAGACCUGCGAAGGAGACCGAGUCCAACAAGACCAAACCAGCCCCGAAGAAAGGCGAAAAGCCAGCCGCAACACCAAAGAAACCGGCCGCCGCCUCGAAGCCUGUGAAGGAAGAAGUCGAAGACGAGGAGGAGGAAGUGCCAGAACCAAAGAAGGCUGUGAAGGGCAAGAAAGAGGCGCAAAAGUCGCCGACACCGGUGGCGGAGGACGACGCCAUGUCAGACGCGAAGGACGAGGACGGCGUGCUCAGCUCAGGUGAAGAGCCCGAGGAAGUCAAGACAAAGGCUCGCAAAAAGAUCCAGACAACACUCACGUCCAACACAAAAGACUUGUUUCCCGACUGGAAACCCGGCGAGCCUGUGCCCUACGCUGCGCUCUGCACCACAUUCUCGAAAAUCGAAAUGACAACGAAGCGACUCGAGAUUUUGGCGCACUGCUCGCUCUUCCUGCGCCAGGUAAUGCGCUUGACACCUUCAGACCUCCUGCCUACGGUCAUGCUCAUGAUCAACAAGCUGGCUGCCGACUAUGCUGGCAUCGAACUCGGAAUCGGCGAGUCACUCAUCAUGAAAGCCGUUUCCGAGAGCACUGGACGGAGCUUACAACACAUCAAGAGCGACCAACAGGAAAUUGGAGAUCUUGGUCUGGUUGCAGCGAAGAGCCGGUCAAAGCAGCCUACCAUGUUCAAGCCCAAGCCUUUGACAGUGGCGGGCGUUCACAAGGGCUUGAUGGCCAUCGCGACCACCACCGAAGGCCAGGGUGCCCAAGGGCGGAAGGUGGACGGCAUCAAGAAGCUUCUCUCGGCAGCGGACGCGCACAACGCAGGCAAGCACGUCGAUAUCGAGGAGAACAAGGGCGGUGCCAGUGAAGCAAAGUUCAUCGUUCGUACGCUGGAGGGCAAGCUCCGACUAGGACUUGCGGAGAAGACGGUCGUAGUCGCUCUUGCACAGGCGGUCAAGUUUCAUGAGAUGUCACAAAAUGGCAAGACUCCGUCGACGGCAGACUUGGCUGAGGCUGAGUCCACGCUGAAGACUGUCUACAGUGAACUUCCCAGCUACGAAGUCAUCGUUCCAGCAAUGCUCGAGCACGGCCUCUCCAACUUGCGCGACAACUGCAGAUUGCAACCCGGCGUACCGCUGAAGCCUAUGCUCGCGAAACCAACAAAGUCGAUUACCGAAGUGCUCGAUCGUUUCGAGGGCAAAGAUUUCACUUGUGAGUACAAGUACGAUGGCGAGCGUGCACAGAUACAUUUCGUUGCGCACGAUGCAGAUAUGGAGAUGGCGACAGCGGCUCCUUCUGCGGGUAAGAGCGACCGCGGAGUAUCCAACAUCUUCUCUCGAAAUUCAGAAGACUUGUCCAAGAAGUAUCCAGACAUUCUUGCCAAGCUUCCUACCUGGGUCCAUGAAGGGACGAAGAGCUUCGUCCUCGACUGCGAAACAGUUGCGUGGGAUAUGGUCGAGAAGAAAGUCCUGCCCUUCCAGCAGCUGAUGACACGGAAGCGAAAGGACGUCAAGGUCGAGGAUGUGAAGGUCAAGGUCUGCGUGUUCGCCUUUGAUAUCCUCUAUCUCAAUGGCGAGGCUCUUGUCACCAAAUCCUUCCGCAAGCGCCGCGAAGCACUGAACAGCGCAUUCGUUCCCGUUGAAGGCGAGUUCGCCCUCGCAAAGUUCGGCGACACAAACGACCUCGACACCAUCCAGACGCUGCUUGAAGACUCGGUGAAAGAAGGCUGCGAAGGCCUCAUGGUCAAGAUGCUCGACGGGCCGGAAUCCUACUACGAGCCCUCGAAGCGCUCGCAAAACUGGCUCAAGGUCAAGAAAGACUACCUUGCCGGCGUUGGCGACUCGCUCGAUCUGGUUGUCCUAGGUGCCUACUACGGAAAAGGGAAACGCACAAGCUGGUACGGUGCCUUCUUGCUGGCAUGCUACAAUCCCAACACGGAGAAGUACGAAACCGUGUGCAACAUCGGAACAGGCUUUUCAGAAGCCAUACUGGAGCAGUUCCACAAGCAACUCUCCACCAUCGUCAUCGAACGCCCCAAGCCCUUCUACACACACAGCGCCGGCAACAAGGACCAGCCGGAUGUGUGGUUCGAGCCGCGGCACGUGUGGGAAGUCAAAACAGCCGACCUGACACUGUCCCCGCGGUACAAGGCUGCCGCUGCAGAAGUCGGGGGUGGAGGCAAGGGUGUUUCCCUGAGGUUUCCCCGGUUCAUCAAAGAGCGAGACGAUAAGAAACCGGACCAGGCGUCCAGCGCGAGGAUGAUUGCCGAGAUGUACCAGAGGCAGGAGAGCGUGGGGAAGAACAAGGGGCCGAGUGCCGAUGAUGAUUUCGAAUACUAA